AUGCCGACCCACCACCGCAUCCUCUCCCUCGUCUACAACGACUUCGAAGCCCUCGAUUUCUUCGGACCAUUGGGCGCCAUCGUCCCCGGCAGCGACUACUACACUCUGGAGCUAGUCAGCCUGCACAACCUAGACUCGCCACGUGGCAUCGAAACAUCCCUGAAAAACGGCAUCGGUGUGAUCCCGACCCUCUCACUGUCCGACGCCCUCAGUGAGAUUUACCAGUUCGACACCCUUUUCAUCCCCGGUGGUUUCGGCAUGAUGCCGCUGGUCUCGGACCCGAUCCUGCUGCAGCGCAUCGGGAAGCUGGUCGAUCGCGCCGCCAACGUUUUCACCGUGUGUACCGGGUCCAUCCUGCUGGCUGCGACUGGUCGACUGGAUGGGCGGAAGGCGACGACGAAUAAGCGGCUGUAUGAUGAGCUGACUCCGAAGUACCCCGGUGUCCAAUGGCAGAAGCGUGCUCGCUGGGUGCAGGACGGGAAAUACUUGACUUCCUCCGGUGUCACGGCGGGGAUCGACGCGGGCUUUGCGUUCAUGGCUAGCACGUAUGUUGCACCAGAGGACCGCCAGGCUUAUCCCGAGGCUCAAAGGGCUUCUCCUCAGGGUGAGGAGACUCCAAUUCCGGGCUUCAGCAAGGAGAAAGCUCUGCGUCAUGCGAAUUUCGUUGCGUUUGGUUUGGAGUACCGCUGGCAGUCGGAUCCUGCUGAUGAUCCCUUUGCGGAUUUGCCUGGAACAGACGGCAAUGCAUAG